UUUAACCUCUGGUUUAUGUUCUGUCUGCAGGUGGAGGAAUCAGGCCUUUCUCUGUCAGCACUGCAGACCAGAUCGCCUCUGAUUUCACAUCUCACUUCCGCCUGCCAAGCUGUCUGAUAUGUCGGGACCCGUGCCGAGCAGGGCCAGAGUUUACACGGAUGUGAACACACACAGACCCCGGGAGUACUGGGACUAUGAGUCGCAUGUUGUUGAGUGGGGAAAUCAAGAUGACUACCAGCUAGUUCGAAAAUUAGGCCGAGGCAAAUACAGUGAAGUAUUUGAAGCCAUCAACAUUACAAAUAACGAAAAAGUAGUUGUUAAAAUUCUCAAGCCUGUUAAAAAGAAGAAAAUCAAGCGUGAAAUCAAGAUCUUAGAGAACUUGCGAGGCGGUCCCAAUAUAAUCACCCUUGCAGAUAUAGUAAAAGAUCCUGUGUCUCGAACACCCGCUCUGGUUUUUGAACAUGUAAACAACACAGACUUUAAGCAAUUAUACCAGACAUUAACAGAUUAUGAUAUUCGAUUCUACAUGUAUGAGAUUUUGAAGGCUCUAGAUUACUGCCAUAGCAUGGGAAUCAUGCACAGAGAUGUCAAACCUCACAACGUCAUGAUUGACCAUGAGCACAGAAAGCUUAGACUAAUAGACUGGGGUUUGGCUGAAUUCUAUCACCCUGGCCAAGAGUACAAUGUCAGAGUGGCUUCCAGAUAUUUCAAAGGACCUGAACUUCUUGUAGAUUAUCAGAUGUAUGAUUACAGUCUGGAUAUGUGGAGCUUGGGUUGCAUGUUGGCUAGUAUGAUAUUCCGAAAGGAGCCAUUUUUCCAUGGCCAUGACAACUAUGAUCAGCUGGUGAGGAUAGCCAAGGUGCUGGGGACAGAAGAUCUGUAUGACUACAUUGAUAAAUACAACAUUGAGCUGGAUCCACGUUUCAAUGACAUCUUGGGCAGACACUCCCGUAAGCGAUGGGAGCGCUUUGUCCACAGUGAGAACCAACAUCUGGUGAGUCCAGAAGCGCUGGAUUUCUUAGACAAGCUGCUGCGAUAUGAUCAUCAGUCACGACUCACAGCAAGAGAAGCCAUGGAACACCCCUACUUCUAUCCCAUUGUGAAAGACCAGGCUCGGAUGGGCCCGUCCAACAUGCCGGGUGGCAGCACUCCUGUCAGCAGUGCGAGCAUGAUGUCAGGGAUUUCUUCAGUGCCAACACCUUCACCCCUUGGACCUCUAGCAGGCUCACCUGUCAUCUCUGCCACCACCACCCUGGGGAUGCCAGUUCCAGCUGCUGCAGGCGCCCAGCAGUAGUGAUGGGCUCUGUCUCCUGCUGCCUGAGCUGAGUCAGGUUUCGAGCUGGUGGCUACUUAAAGCUGGAAAAAUCAGACUGCGCCAAGUCCGAUCCCACAUCUUCACCCACCAUCCCCUCCCUCACGUGCCAUGUGGUGAGAAUACCAGUUACCUCACAGUCUUGUAAAUAUGCACUGAGAGGAAGGAGCGAGGAGACGUUAACUUAAACUGAAAUGGUAGAUCAGUAAUUGUGGACAAAUAUUAUCAUUGACAACGGAAAAGCACCCUUGUUACAGCCCUGCUACCCCUUGCUGUGUAUAUAUACUUUGUCCUUCAUAUGUGAAAGAUCCAGUGUUGGAAUUCUUUGGUGUAAAUAAACAUUUGGUUUUAUUUAUCGAGGUUAGAUUUAAGUUCCCUGUGUAGAGGCCUCCCUGGGGUGGUCAUACACUGACAUAGGAGUGGUGACAACGACAUGUGCGCUGGGCAGGCCAUGUCCCUGUCACACCCAUGGGGAGCAGUGCAGAGAAGCCUUACACAGAUGUCACAAGCCAAAGUAUCUCCUGGGAGAAGGAUCUUUUGCCGUAACAAAAAACCCUCCUAUUCUGUCUUAGCCAUGAUGGUGGGGAACUGAGAUGAUGAACCAAUUAUUAGGUGUUUGUGCCUGUUGCCACUCACUGGAUUUCUGUGACUUGUUUUCAGUCACCUAAUGCUAGGGUGGCUCAGCUGGUGUGGCUGCAGGCACAAUGGCAUCUGUCCCUCUCAGUGACCUCUCAUCCCAAAGCCAUUGCACCAGUUGUUCCUCUGGACACUGAGUGAUCUUCCCGUUCUUCAGUGGGUGCUGAUGCCUUGGCCUGCAGCUCCUGCUUGUCCCAGGUACCCAUCCCUCAUCUGUUCUUGGGAGAGGAUGGACAUGUGCUUCCACAUUGCUUAGUUAAUUUUAGGAUGGAGUAUGUGGGCUGGAUUAAACUGAUGUGUGGGACAUGGAACACUGCCCCUUCUGUGAGGAUUGCCAGCAGGGAGAUGAGGUUUUUCACAUACACCAGGAUAGCUUUCUCCUCCAUGCCUUCAUCCAGUGGAAAUCCAUUGUACUUAAUCUUUUAUAUCCUAAAGUGAUGUGAAAGUUGGACUGUGUUGACUGUUACCUCAAUGUGCUGUAACGUAAAAGCACCCAGUAUGAC